AUGACAGACGGAAUGAAUGUGUUAAAUAUAAAACAGGAAAUUCAGGAACCAAAUACAAAUAUCAGCAACAUUAACUGCUUCAGCCCAUCAUCGGCUACGGCAUCAUCAACAACAACAACCACACCAGCAGCAGGGUCAAGCAGCAAUGGGGGCGUCCUCAAUAGAAGAAACAGUGCUGCGUCCAGUAGCAAUGGUGGAAAUGGUAUGAAAUCUUCGCCUUCAGUUUCGCCGGAAAGACAAAUGUGCAGCUCAACGACAACAUUAAGUCUCAACAGCAACGGCUCAUAUACGGCUGUCGAUAACGAUGGUAAUAUGGGUUCGGCAGGUGGAAGUACCACUCAAUCAGGGUCAACCGGUAGUUCAUCAAUACGCGAUGAAUUGAGGCGUCUAUGUUUAGUGUGCGGCGAUGUUGCCUCAGGCUUCCAUUACGGCGUAGCAAGCUGUGAAGCCUGUAAGGCAUUCUUCAAACGUACAAUACAGGGUAACAUUGAGUAUACCUGUCCUGCAAAUAAUGAGUGCGAAAUCAAUAAGCGAAGGCGCAAAGCAUGUCAGGCAUGUCGAUUUCAAAAAUGCCUGCUCAUGGGAAUGUUAAAGGAAGGAGUACGUCUGGAUCGAGUACGUGGCGGUCGUCAAAAAUAUCGCCGAAAUCCGGUUUCCAACUCUUACCAAACCAUGCAAUUACUUUACCAAUCAAGCAUUACAUCACUGAGCGAUGUUAAAAUUCUAGAUGCCCUCAGCAAUUAUGAGCCCGAUAUACUUUCCGUUCAAUCUCCGGCAACUCAAACGAAUAGGGCCAACUCGACAUCUUCAUUAAUUGACGAAGAAUCCGGAAAUGCGUCAACACCUUCAACCAACUCAUCCGGCGCCAAUAUAAAGAGUGAACAUAAUAACAUUGUGCCAAAUGCUGAUUCUGCCGAUGCAACACCGCCAUCCACACCGACAUCAUCGACAGCGGGUAGUACGUCGACGCCCAAUACAAGCACCACAUGCAUUUUCCAGCUUAAUUCGCUGACAAACAAUAACUCAGAUGCUCAUGAUAUUUUGUGUGUGCUCAGCGAUUUGUACGAUAAGGAAUUGGUGUAUGUAAUUGGCUGGGCCAAGCAAAUUCCUGGUUUCACAGAACUACCACUUAAUGACCAAAUGAAACUGCUGCAAGUUUCCUGGGCUGAAAUCUUGACUCUUCAGCUGAUAUUUCGUUCGCUGCCAUUUAAUGGGAAACUAUGCUUUGCCUCCGACGUCUGGAUGGAUGAGUUAUUAGCCAAGGAAUGUGGUUACACCGAAUUCUAUUAUCAUUGUGUUCAAGUGGCACAGCGUUUGGAACGCAUCUCACCCCGUCGAGAGGAAUAUUAUUUGCUAAAAGCUUUAAUUUUAGCCAAUUGUGAUAUCCUCUUAGACGAUCAAAGCUCUUUGCGAGCCUUUCGUGAUUCAAUAUUGAAUUCUCUUAACGAUGUAGUCUAUUUGUUGCGCCACAGUUCAGCUGUUUCGCAUCAACAACAACUGCUGCUGCUACUGCCCUCCCUGCGUCAGGCUGAUAAUAUUCUGCGUCGUUUUUGGCGUAAUGUUAAUACCGAAGGUUCAGUAUCUCUAAAGAAGCUUUUCAUGGAAAUGUUAGAAACAGUAUCGCGGUGAGAUUUAAAGUUCACAACAUCACAAUUUUAGCAUUUGUUUCAUUAA